CUGAGAGAGUCUUUAAUAUUUCCAUGUGUUUGACAAUCCUUCAAACUUAGAACACGUUAAGCAGAAUCUUCUCAGAGAAAGGAUCCGAUUUGUUCCAAUGAAAACAUUAAUUCUGUGUGAACAGCCGAAGAACACCCAGUGACACGUCACGCUAUGCUAAUGAGCACCAUACUUAAAUAAAUACCACAAGCAGGUUUGGUGACCAUACACUCAGACACACACACACACACACACACACGCGGUGCUGUCUCAGUGAGACACUCACACCAGGUGAACCUGAAGAAACCGGCAAAACAGCAAACAUGGAAACCGUGUCCAUCAGCUCGCGCCUCAACAAGAGCAUGCGUCAGCAGUACCUGAGUCUGCCACAAGGAGAGAAGUGCAUGGUCACGUACGUCUGGAUCGACGGCACCGGGAGAGAACUUCGCAGCAAAACCCGAACCCUGGACAGUGAACCAAAAGACAUACAAGAUAUUCCCGUAUGGAACUUUGACGGCUCGAGCACGUACCAGUCCGACGGCUCCAACAGCGACAUGAACAUCGUCCCCGUCUGCAUGUUCAGAGACCCUUUCUCCCUCGACCCAAACAAACUGGUGCUCUGUGAGGUCUUCAACUUCGACCACUCUCCCGCCCAGACCAACCACCGAAACAGCUGCAAUCGGGUGAUGGAGAAGGUGAAAGAGCACUGCAUAUGGUUCGGUAUGGAGCAGGAGUACACGCUCUAUGGAGUCGACGAACGACCCUUUGGUUGGCCAGCAAAUGGAUACCCUGCGCCCCAGGGCCCUUACUACUGUGGGGUGGGGGCCAACUGCGCUUAUGGACGGGACGUUGUGGAGUGUCACUACAAGGCUUGCCUCUAUGCGGGUGUCAAAAUCUACGGCACCAAUGCUGAAGUUAUGCCGUCUCAGUGGGAAUUCCAGGUGGGUCCCUGCGAGGGCAUCGACAUAGGCGACCACCUGUGGAUCGCGCGCUACCUGCUGCACCGCAUUUGCGAGGACUUUGGCGUCAUCGCGUCGAUGGACCCCAAACCGCUGAAGGACUGGAACGGUGCCGGGUGCCACACGAACGUCAGCACCAAGCAGAUGAGGGAAGAAGGGGGACGGCAUGAAAUCGACCGCGCCAUCGAGGAGCUGAGGAAGAAGCACAGCAUGCACAUCCGCGUGUACGACGCCAGCGCGGGCCGGGACAACGAGCGGCGCCUCACCGGCCUCCACGAGACGGCCAGCAUCCACGACUUCUCCUCGGCGGUGGCCAACCGAGGCUGCAGCAUCCGCAUCCCGCGCCAGGUGGGCGAGGACAACCGCGGCUACUUCGAGGACCGGCGCCCCGCGUCCAACUGUGACCCAUACCUCGUGACUAAAGCCAUCGCACGCACCUGCCUGCUGAGUUCAGAGGAGGAGGAGGAGGAGGAGGAGGACGGUGUAUAAAAGGUGCAGCUUCCAUGUGUGUGAUCACCUGACCUGGACUCUUGUCCAUUACGAUCAUGAAUAAACGUGUGUUUGUAUAGAUAGAUGUAUGUGUGCUACUGUAGCUGUAACCAGAGGGAAAUAGUCAUUAAUCAAAAGUAACGCUGAUCUCUGACCUGCACUGAACGUUCCUGAAAUGAUCCGGAGUGAACGGCUGUACGAGAAAACUCGCAAAUAAAGUCACUCCAGACAUUUUCCAGA